AUAACGUACGCCGAAGUGAAAAAUGGUAUCUACCGGCCAAAUCGCAAAAAAGCUCCUGGACCCAGCCAGAUCAACUACACAGCUCUCCGAUGGGCCUGGGAGGCUGCAUCAGAAUAUAUCUACUUACUGAUCUCACGUUGCGCAAAUGUAGGUUACCAUCCCAUUGCCUGGCGACGCACAAUCGCAGUGGCUCUACGAAAGCCCCGAAAACCAGACUACUCGAACCCGAGAGCUUACAGACUCAUCCAGUUGGAGGAAUGUCUCGGAAAAGUCCUCGAAAAUGUACAGGCAAGUAGACUAGCAUAC